CAGUUAGGAGCACAACUCCGCAAUCGCUGGUCGUUUAUUCUGUUGUCGAAGAUGAGUCUUGAGAUAAUAUGUUAUCGCUUCGUAAUAGCAAAUGCACUAACUUUAUUAUAUACAGCGAAAGCACUUGUCGGUAUUUUUAUUAAUAUAAUAUUAAAUCCGUUUAAAAAUCCAUGGGCGAUGAAGUUAAAGUUGGAACCACCUGCCAAUCUCACGGAUCCAAAAUAUGGUGUGCACAAGUACAUUAAAGUCAAUGAUAUAAAAUUGCAUUAUGUAGAAAGCGGCGAUACUUCCAAGCCGUUGAUGCUGUUCUUACACGGUUUUCCUGAGUUCUGGUAUUCAUGGCGGCAUCAAAUAGUGCAUUUUAAUAAAGAUUAUCGAGUUGUUGCGGUGGAUAUGAGAGGUUAUGGGGAUUCUGAGAAACCUGAAGGCGUUUCUUCAUACAAAAUGGAAUAUAUUGUUGAUGACAUCAAAGAACUUAUCCGUGCAUUGGGUCAUGAAAAAUGUAUCCUUGUAUCGCAUGACUGGGGCGGGGUGAUUGCUUGUAAGCUCCGUGAAACUUAUCCUGAAGUGUUAUAUGCUCUUAUUGUGUUGUCGAGUUCAUCUAAAGAAAUCUGGCAUCGUCAAAUAUGGUCAACGAACGAACAGAGAAAGAAAUCAGGAUACGUAUUUAUGUUUCGAGCACCAAAGGUACCAGAGUUAUUGUUGCAGAUGAAUAAUUUACAAUCUUUAGAUAGUUUUAUGCUUGUCAAAGGCAAAGAUACUAUAACUAAAGAAGAUAUGGAAUGCUACAAAUAUUGGUUCGGAAAACAAACGGGUUUCACUCCACCUCUUAAUUAUUAUCGGGCGAAUUUUUCUUACUCCUGGGAAGAAAAGUUGUAUGGAGAAAAUAUUCCAUUUUUAUUAGCUAUCGGAGAGAAUGAGAAGUACAUAAGUCAUUCCUGUCAAGAUUUAAUGAAGACGAGGUAUGCGACGAUAGAAACGGCAACUGUCGAAAAUAGUGGGCAUUUCAUGCAGCAAGAGGAACCCGAAAAAGUUAAUAAGCUUGUUCGAGAUUUCUUAGCAAAGCAUAAUCUAUGAUUUAAUGUCAUUUAUUAUUCUAUGAAAGGUUUUUGAACUUUAAGUUAAUUAAAAGUGUGAUCGGUAUUUUAUUUUUACUAAAUAUUUUUACCCGUAUUAAAAACUUCUUUGGGAAUGUAACUUUGUAUUAAUUGUGGUUUUUUUAAUUAAUAUUGUUAGUUUUAAAUAAAGUUUUUUUUUAUUGUGGU